CGAAUGCAUAUAUCAUCAUAACGCUCGCACAUUUAUUGUUAUCAGCUACUCCAUGCCUCAACUCUAAAAAAAACCGUUACUCCACUUAUUCAUCUGUAACACAAGCUUUUUGUUCUCAUCUGGAGUUUCGUUUUCUCACUUUCGUCUUAUAAUAACACCUCAACGUUUUUGACACACGCAAAUCCUCUAUCUCCCUUCGUGUGCUUAGUUUCUUAUUCUACACAAUAAUGAUAAUGAUGGAGUUGGUGUCUUCCGGAGUUGUGUUCUUGUUUGUGUCGGUUUUCUUGAUGUGGGUUCAUGUGGGUUUAUCAGAAGGUGAAAAUGGCCAUGGUGGUAUCAGGAACUACAUUAGUUGGGAAGAUUUGGAGGUGGAUGAGCAAAGGUUAACCUUGAAGCGCCAUGACGAUGUUCGAGUUAUUAUUGUUAACAAAUAUGGUUGGGGACACUCCGAAACUGUUCAAGGUGCCGUGGAUAUGGUUCCUGUUAAUAACAAACAUAGGGUGAAAAUUUACAUUUAUCCAGGAAUUUACAGAGAGAAAGUGCGUGUGCCUGGGAACAAGCCUUAUGUGUCAUUCAUAGGGAAAAGAAACCAAACAGCAACUCCUGUUAUUACUUGGAACAGCAAAUCAUCUGAUAAAGGCACAAAUGGCCAAACAUUAGGCACCUUUGAUACAGCAACAGUUGGAGUGGACUCAGAUUAUUUCUGUGCAACUGGGGUCACUUUUGAGAACUCAGUGAUUGCAACGGCUGGUGUGAAAGGAAUGCAAGGAGUGGCACUGAGGGUGAACAGUGCAAGAGCCAUGUUCUAUCAAGUGAGGAUUAAGGGAGCACAGGACAGUCUCUUGGACAACACAGGAAAUCAUUACUUCUUAAACUGUCACAUUCUAGGAAAAGUUGAUUUUAUCUUUGGCAGUGCAAAAUCACUGUAUGAGAAUUGCCUUCUUCAGUCAAUAGCAGAAAACUUUGGAGCAAUAGCAGCACAUCAUAGGAAUUCACCAACUGAAGACACAGGUUUUUCUUUUGUGGGGUGCAGUAUCAGAGGAAGUGGCAGAGUGUACCUUGGCAGAGCAUGGGGGAACUACUCUAGAAUUAUAUACUCCAAAUGUAAUAUGGAUGACAUUAUUGUUCCUGAAGGGUGGUCAGAUUGGAAUCACUCAGAUAGAAAGAAGACUGCAGUGUUUGGUGAGUAUGAAUGCGAUGGAAAAGGAGCAGAUAGAAGCAAAAGGGCAGCUUGGUCAAAAUCGUUUAGCUAUCAUGAAGCAGUGCCUUUCCUUCAGAAGAGUUUCAUACAUGGAGACCAGUGGCUCAGACUAUAG